CGAGAGUGACGUGUGGUAACUCAGUAUGCCACGCUGUCGUAAAGAAAAAAAGAUUCCUUACAGGACUGACGAUAUGGUACAAAACGUUAGAAGUUCUUUUAUUAGAGAAGGAGAAAAUAACUUGCGCAAUUACUCGGAACCUGUUGACGACCGCAUGAAACAGGUGUUUUACAGAAGUGUGCCAGAAAAUGUUAUGAAAGAACAAAUACAUGGACAACGUUUCUAUAGAGGACAGCCAACUGAGGGUCAAAACAUGAAUAAUUAUAUGGAUGCGUAUGAUCGUAUGAAACCGUCAAAUAUGUACAACGACAUGUCAAAUAAAGCAAGGUCGUAUUCAAAAUGGAAUGAUUAUGAUCGCUCGCGUCCAAUCGAUUCGUACAGUAGAAAUAUUCGAGACGGAUUUGAGCCACGAAACGCCUCUCCAUACGCAAAGAAUUUAAUGGGUGAUUUACCAACAACAAGAACUAUUCGAGACGGAUUUGAACCACGAAACACUUCUCCAUACUCAAGGAAUUUAAUGGGUGAUUUACCAACAACAAGAACUAUUCGAGACGGAUUUGAACCACGAAACACUUCUCCAUACUCAAGGAAUUUAAUGGGUGAUUUACCAGUACCUAGACACAAUCGGGAAACUUAUGAACCUCACUAUAUUCCUGUGAAAUUAAAUCGUUCAAAUAAUUUAAUGAAUAAUGUGUCAGAACCUAGAACUAUUCGAGACGGAUUUGAACCACGAAACACUUCUCCAUACUCAAGGAAUUUAAUGGGUGAUUUACCAGUACCUAGUUCUGUUUCUAGUAAUGGGAACACAUAUUCAUACUCUAUUCCACAACGUCCUAAUUUGAAAAUAGUUCGCGAAGAGGAUACAUUUAACAGAUAUAUGGAUUAGAAUAAAACAUGACAUUCAUUUCAUCACUUUGACAAAUACACUGGAAAUAACAGUGAUUUGAAACAAAUAACACAGUAGUAUCAUAAAAUUAUGGAUAAACUAUAUAUGAGUGUAGACAAAUU